AGUCAGUCCGCCACGUCAAUGUUCCCGCAGGAACAAGGAAGCUGGAGACCUUUUAUUAGCUGCUGUGAAUGAGCUCCACCCCGGCAGGUGGAUGUGACCGGCUGUAGCCUGUAAACAGGGUCCAGUGUGCCCAGGCUUCAGGGUCGUGUUACCGCAGACGACAACAUGGGGCUGCUGUCGGACCCGAACCGGAGACGGGCUCUGAUCAGCCUGCUCACCCGCCUCAACACCCCCAUCUGUAUGGUCUGCUACAUGGCGGGCGUGGCCUGGUUCAUGGGUUUGGCUUUCGAGCCCUUCACCCUGCGGACGUACAUGUCAGAGAACGCCAUGGGGUCCACCAUGGUGGAGGAGCGGUUUCCAGCAGGGGAGAGGGCGCUGGCCACCGGCAGAGAGUUCGCUGCUCAUAAGAAGAAAACUGGUGGGAUGCCUGUGGAUUGGUUGGUGAAGACGAUGCAGGCUAGAGGGUUAGAAGUGUUUACACAGAGCUUCUCUCGCACCCUUCCCUUUCCUGAUGAAGACAAAGAGAGAUAUAUGGUGAAAGGCACGAAUGUAUACGGGAUCCUUCGGGCCCCUCGAGCUCCACGGACUGAAGCGCUGGUGCUGAGCGCUCGCUGCAGCCCGGGUGACGACAACAACCAGGCUGUGGGACUGCUGCUUGGUUUGGCCCAGUACUUCAGGGGUCAGAUUUACUUGGCCAAGGACAUAAUCUUCCUGGUGAAUGAACAUGAUCUGAUUGGUAUGCAGGCCUGGCUGGAGGGCUACCACCACACCAACACCACAGGAAUGGACUGGACUCCGCUGCAGGGCCGCGGCGGUUCAAUCCAGGCUGCUCUGUCCCUGGAGCUCAGCCACGACCUCAUCACCAGCCUGGAUCUGGUGUUGGAAGGCCUCAACGGCCAGUUACCCAACCUGGACUUAGCCAACCUCUUCUAUGCCUUCUGCCAGAAGAUAGGAGUCCUGUGCACCAUCCAGGGCAAGCUGCAGAGGAACGACUGGGACAGUGUAUCUGGCUACAGCCACGCAGUCCAGACCAUGAUGCUGAUGGUAAUGAAGCAGGCCAGUGGGCGACCUUGGGGGGAUCACGGCUUGUUCCUGCGCUACCACAUUGAGGCCGCCACCAUCAAGGGCAUCAACAGCUUCCGCCAGUACAAGACUGACGCCACCACCGUCGGCAGACUCCUGGAAGGAAUGUAUCGUAAGCUGAAUAACCUUCUGGAGCGUCUGCACCAAUCCUACUUCUUCUACCUCAUGCCGUCGCUCUCUCACUUUGUCUCCAUUGGUUACUACAUGCCCGCCUUCGGCCUGCUCGCCGUCAUUCUGUUGCUUCGUGCCUUAGACCUGUGGGUUCAACUUGUGACUCCACCACCGAGGACAGAGGAUGGCGUCAUUGACAUUGAGCAGUUGAAUCCAGGAGUGCUGUCUGUGCUGACUCCUCUGGUGAUCAGCCACAUGACUGGAGUAGCUCUGUACAUGCUGCCGAUCCGUUUCCAGGAGCUGGCCGUCGAACACUUCCCGGUGUCUGAGACCGAGGCCGUGGUCCUGACUGCCAUUGCUGUUUACACGGCGGGGCUGGCUUUGCCUCAUAACACAAACAGACUCCUAUCGGGCGAGGGGACGGAGCAGGGCUGGAAGGUGCUGAAGCUGGUCGCAGUGCUUUACCUGGCCGUGCUGCUGGGUUGCACCGCCCUCAUCAACUUCUCUCUGGGCUUCAUCCUGGCUCUCAGCCUGGUGCCUGUGGCCGCCUUCGUCACACCCCACGUCCCAAAGGUUCUGUCGGCCUUCGUCUUGGUCAUCCUCAGCCCAGCCUGCACGCUCCUCUUCUCCGUUUUUUUCUUCCAAGAGCUGCAGGAAAUACCCGUCAGCUUCCAGGAAGGUUGGUUGCUCUACCUGUCGGUCAUCUCGCAGGGCAUCUUGGACCACUGCCUGUACGGCUCUCUGGUCUACCCACUGAUAGCCCUGCUGGUCUAUCCUUGCUGGCUGCUGUUCUGGAACAUCCUCUUCUGGAAGUAGAGACUGAUGAAGCAGGACUUUGAAAGAAACCCCUCUGAGGUAUUUUCAGGUUUGUCUUCAGCUGGAAGAAUGGGAGUUAAAUCCACUGGAGAUUGAAAAGCAGAUAAAUAUCUCUCCCUGACUUGGAAAGACUGCAGUGACUCCUCCUACUUUCAUUUGUUGUUAUUUGUUGAGAUUUCAACUACCAACUCCAAGUAUUCAAUUCUUAAAACAAUGGAGAGCAACCAGGCCUUCUUGAUAAACAGAAACUUUCUUUUUCCAACAUUUUACAAAUUAUUAAGUGAACAAAGGGAUGAUCUUACAUAAGUAACUACUGGGCUGCCUUCUGUAAAAAAGAUUUAACGUGGUUUCUGUCUUUUGUUUGUGACGCAUAAGGAAAAACACUGCACUGUUUUUAUGUUUUGUUGCAUUUAAUGUUUUGUUUAUGGAUGAUAAUGAUAUGAUAAUAAUCAACAUGUUUAUUCUAUGGGGGAAACAGAAAGAUACCAAUUGGUCAAUGAACAGCCUGCAGCAUGUGAGACAUUCAUUCACCUGCAUCUGUUGAACAAACAAACAUCACUACAUCUAAUAUUUUUAUACUUGUUUUGAUAAAUUUCUUUGGAACGUGUUUAUUUUAUAUUUAUGAAUUCUAAAAUAAAAGACUGGAAUGUG